UUUCGCACAGCCAAUCACAAGUCUACUAAUAAAGCAUGUAUACAACUUUUGAUUUACAUUCGACUGAGGCUUGUUAAAAUGUAUACAAAUAUGUUGCUCGGAUUGUUGUCGUUUGCUUUGGUAGUUGUUUGUCUGCGUUUUCUGCUACAGCUGUUAAAGAAGGAGCACAGGCACCGUCAGCUGCUGCAGCAUGUGGCGCCAAAUGUGUCCCAAAUACCUAUCAUCGGAGGCGUCUGGCAAAUGCGCGACUUCCAGCCGGACAAUCUUCAUGAGAAGUUUGCGGAGUAUGUGAAGCGUUACGGACGCAGCUUUGUGGCCACCACCUUUGGACGCAUGGUGCUGGUAACCGCAGAUCCGAAGCAUGUGGAUGCUUUGCUCCUAAGCAAGCAGCAUCUGCGCAAGAGCAUCGUCUAUUUCGCCCUUGAUGGCUGGCUGGGCAAUGGUUUGCUACUCAGUCGGGGCGAGCAUUGGCAUGCCAUGCGCAAGAUAAUAACGCCCUCGUUUCACUUCAACAUUUUGGAGCAAUAUGUCAAGAUCUUUGACAGGCAGUGCAAUGUUCUAGUCAGCAAGCUAAAGCCACUGGCCGCGACGGACACCGACGACGCUCAAGCUUUUAACAUUUAUCCCUAUAUGUGUCUGACCGCCUUGGACAUUAUCAGCGAGGCAGCCAUGGGCGUCAGUCUGGAUGCCCAAGAGAAUGUUGAGGCGCCAGUGGUGCAGGCUGUCAAGGACGUGACCAACAUUUUGGCGACGCGUUUCAUGCGGCCGCAUUUGUUGCCGCCUCUGUUUUUCCGCUUGCUCUGGCCCAGUGGCUACCGCAAGCAGUGGAUGGGCAUUAAGUGCUUGCACGACUUCACCGAUAACAUCAUCAAGCGACGUUGCCAAUUGUUGCACACGGAAGAGCAACGGACUGCUCUGCUGGAUACACUGUUGCAGGCACGCCUGGAUGGCGCACCACUCACGGAUGCCCAGAUACGCGACGAAGUGAGCACGUUCAUCUUUGCGGGCCACGAUACUACCACAUCCGCGGCAUCCUUUUGCCUGUAUCUGUUGUCGCGGCAUGCGGCAGUGCAGCAGCGUUUGUACGAGGAGCUUCACUCACAUUAUGGCAAGGAUGUGGAUCGGUCUGUUGUCCAUGCUGAUUUCGCCGAGCUGCCCUAUUUGCACUGCGUAAUCAAGGAGUCUCUGCGUCUGUUUCCGCCCAUACCAGCUGUGGGUCGUCUGCUGGAAAGGGAUUUGCCGUUAGAUGGUACGGACAAAACUGGUGCGGCACGGGUGCCAGCUGGCACGAAUGUCCUUAUACUGCUUUGGCAACUGCAGCGGGAUGCGCAGCUGUACGUUGAGCCUUUGCGCUUCUGGCCAGAAAGGCAUAUGGACAAUAAGAUGACCGAUGCUGGAUCAGGCAAAUUCGCUGCCAGCUAUAUACCCUUCAGUGCAGGUCUGCGCAACUGCAUUGGCCAGCGUUUUGCGCUGCUCGAACUGAAGACAAUUUUGAUCAAAAUGCUACAACAUUUUGAGCUGUUGCCGUUGGGCGUCGACGUGAAGCCGUCAAUCAAAAUAGUUUUGCGUUCUGCCACGGGCGUUAAUCUUGGCCUAAGAAUGCGUGCUUAAGUAAUAUUUUAGCUAAAAAUCAAUAUAAAUAUAAUUUUAAAUUCAGUACGUUGCAGCGAUAAGUUGUUUUCGCUAUUAUCGAUAAUUGUUGCAACGAUCAAUUAAUUGAUGUGCACUAAGGCAUUGCCAGCUACAUUCAAAAUAAGCCAAUCUGUUCCCAGGCACAGAUUACAUUACACUCCCUCACAUAUAUCUUACUGCUGCAGUAAGACUAUUGCCAAACACGAUUUUAUUAAAGUUUUCAUUAAUAUUAGCAAUUAAUUAUUAAAAAAUGCAACUAUAAUUGAUGUGCAAAUGCACUGUCAGCUGCAGUUAAUAUUCCAAAAUAAUACUAAGCUGUUCCCACGAACAGUUUAAUACGAAGCACUCAUAGCAUGGCCAAAUUAAAAUAAACGAAACUGGACCCGGGCACAGUUUUUGUGCACUCUGCAAAAAAAAACUAGUUCGCUGCAUAUUUAAGAUU